AUGUAUAGCUCUUUAAUUUUCCUGGGACUCUGUCUCUCUCGUCUUCAUGCACGCCCCAUCUUCAAAUCAGAUGGGGCGGGAACAAGUGCUUUUAGAGGAUGCCCAGGUAUAUUCCAUCAUGAGAAAUAUCUGUCCAAUGAAGAAGAAGAAUUUGGUUGGCUUGGUGUGGGAAAACCCAUAGAAUAUCUGAAAUCUCAUGAUUCAUUAACAAAGCCGAUAAGAGUUGAAGAACUAGAUGAUUAUGUUCCCAACGUUACUCAAGAGCAGAACAUGGCUAGAUGGGCAUUAAGACAAGCCAUAAAACAACCAGUUCCAAGUUUGAUCCCUGUAAAAGAAAAGAGUAGUGAAGUCUUUACAGCACUCAUUUGGUUGAUUGGUAUAGCAGAAGGUAAGUCCGAAGAAUGGACUUUGAAGGCAAAAAGAUGGGCGGAUUAUGAUGGUGAAUUACCAUACGGUCGUGAAAGAGUUGCACGUUUCCAUACAGAUUUUGAACGAGAUUAUGAAUGGCUAGAAAGAAGUCGUGCUGAGGGUUGGGCAAGGGCAGAAGAUUCCGAUGUAACAGCUACGGCUAUCUAUUUGGGUUCUGUCUUGUUUUCAAAAGGAAAAGCAAAACCAGGUACAAGAUAUUACUACAAGUCAGGAUUAGAGCCUAUGAAGCCUGAGUCAAUCAAGCCUAAAGGUUCAGUUUUUUCAUCAUUGAAGUAA